CCGGAAACACUUCAACGACAGUAAUCAUGGCGUCCAACACGGCCGCUCGGGCAGCGGUGGGUGCUGCAAAGGUUGUUAAGCCAAUUUUUAGUCGGGACCUGGACGAAGCUAAGCGCAGGGUCCGGGAGCUGUACCGAGCCUGGUACCGUGAGGUCCCUAACACAGUGACGACAUUCCAGCUGGAUAUCACAACACGUCAGGGAAGAGACAAAGUGAGGGAGAUGUUCAACAAGAACAAGCACAUCACUGACCCACGUGUGAUUGACAUGUUGGUCAUUAAGGGGAAAAUGGAACUACAGGAAACAAUCCACGUCUGGAAGCAGAAGACCCACGUAAUGCGCUAUUUCCACGAGACGGAGGAAGCUCGCCCUGCUGACUUCCUGUCCAAAUUCUACCGGGGUCAUGACCCUUGAACUGUGUAGCUAUCUGUUGACCUCUGACCCCUCUUUGCUUGUGUCCAGUGUGACAGAUGUUCCCCUUGGCUGUAAAUACACACUUAAUACCCACA